AUGAGAUGCAUCCACAUUGGAUUAUUAUGUGUGCAAGAAAAUGUAGCUGAUAGGCCAACCAUGGCUUCUGUUAUUCUCAUGAUGAAUAGCUACUCCUUCACUCUCCCACUGCCCUCCCAACCUGCAUUUUAUUUGCAUAGAAGCAUUGCAUCGGACAUGUCCUUACGAUCUGAAUAUAAUUCAGGGGCAACAAGGUCAGAUCGAUCCAAGAGUAACUCUGUCAUAGUAAUGGAAUAUGAGACUUUUACUGAACCACAUCCUCGCUAG